GCGGGGAUAGUACCCAAUCCGCGUCCGUUUCCGAGUGCCGGCGUAUCAAACUCAUUCGCUGUCAGAAUAUCAAAAUAACUCUCUCCACCCGCUCUCCGUCUCCUCCUCUCUAUCCAUCUUCGCCGUCGACGGCAGACGGCCCACCCAAACGUCCUCUCUCUCUCUCCAUAUCCUACAAUGGAGGUUAUGUAGUCCCACACGCCGCCCAACACCACACGUGCUAGCAUGACGUGGCACACGUGUAUGAGAUCGAAUCUGUCCAUCUGGUGGUCCAGCUGUGUCUAUCAUCUGGCCCAAAAAUCAGGAUAGUCCAUAUAUCAGAUACAUGCUUUUCCUCCAUCUGCAUGAUGAUUCCAACACAAUUUCCUUCUGGAGCGCCUCCUCCCUUGUCGCAGAUGUUACCACCCAUUCCAUCUGUGGCCAGUUCUUUUUGGCAAGCUGGACAUGUGCAUGACCAUUUAAGAAAGUUGCAGGAUACUGUUGAUCUAUUAAAAGCAGUGCAGGAAGAACUAGAUGCAUUAUUAUUGAUCAAGGGAUAUGAUGGGUUCAUUGAAGAAGAAGAUGAUACAUCUCCUAGCUGCUCAUUGGAAAACACUUUAGUAUCAUCCGGAGAUGUCCUUCAAAGUUCAAGAAAAGAUCACGCUCUUCUGCGUAGAUUUUUCAAGGUUAUUAAAGCAAAGAGGAUGGAUGUGAAUGUGCAAGAGUCACUUUCAUUGGAAGCAGUAAACUCUUUGCUUUCUACUUUAACAAGUCAACUUGCUCCGUUCAACUUUAUCACAAGCCAGACGAGUUCGUGGGAGGAAAGGUCGUUGGCAAUAAAAUUAGGUAAUAAGCUACAGAAGUCUAAACGUAAUAAGCAUUGGAAGAAGAGAAAGAGGAAAAGGGUUGCCGAACUACUUCAGAAGGAGCGUGAGAGGUAUGACCAAGUUGAUCAGGCUGCUGAUGAGUGGAGGGCUCGAGAGAUUGCCAAGGAUAUUGCAAAACGCAAGGUUGAAAAGAUGAAGGAAAUUGCCAAGCUUAAAGCAAAAGAGGAAAGACAGAGACUAGAAUCUGAGCUUGAGCUUCUGUUGAUGGUGGAAAAGUUGCAAGAACUUCGUUCCAUCAGGAUCCAAAAAAUGAAGAAACAAGGCCAUUUUCUUCCAGAAGAAGAUGACAAGUUUCUUGAGCGAGUCCGAGCUGCAGUUGAGGAAGAGGAGCGCCAAGCAGCAGCGGCUGCUGACACUGAUGCUGCCAAGGAUGCUAUUGCGACUGCUGAGGAAACAAGGAAAACUAUACAGAACAGUGGGGCUGAUGUAAAGGAUCCCUGUGGUGAUAAAGCCGGAGCUAAAAUGAGUCAGGACCAACUCACUCAGAUGGAAAACCAGAUAGGCUCUAGUGCAGCUGCCCGUCUGGACUCUGGAUGGCGAGGGUCUGAAGUGCAGAGUUCUGGCGGGGGCUACGAUUCUGUGGCCAAUUUACCUGUUGAGUUCUACCACUAUUACCAUGGCAGUAACACUGACAUGGGGACACUGAUUGAGGUCAGAAGAAUGUGGGAUGCGUACAUCAGACCUGGAGGAAGCUGGAUACCCGGACACUGGGUUCAGCCACCACCACCAGCGAACGAGGUAUGGGCAUCUUACCUGGUGGGUCGCAAAUAAUGGCAGGCAAGCAAUGGAGGAUUUUUUGGGCUGUCCUCUUGUUGGGGAUGUUGUCUUCUUCAGUUUGAAUGUUUGGACUACCUAAGCAGUAGAGAGAGGUAUGCACCAAGUUCAAUUUCCUUCCUAGUAUAUUGCAGUAAUACUUCUGGCAUGGUUGAAAACACCAACUAAUGUAAAUGUUUUUUCGGGCUUGUAAUUUUGAUCCAUUGAGACAAGAAUAUCAAGGGGUUUUUUUUUUCCACCAUCAGUAACUUGUGUUAGCAGACCCCAAAUUGCUAGGAGAAAGGUUAAGAUGAUGAUGAUGAUGAUCAGUGAUUUGUGUUGAUUGGUUUUUCAUUAAUCUUUUUCGAACUCUAUGAAUUGUAUA